CGCUAUUUAUCCAACACGCAUGGAUAGAUACAAAACCGAACCGAUGUUGCGAAGCCCAACACACUUUUUUAAUUACUUCUGGGUUGCCCUUUUCCUCUCCCCCCACACAACAACACCAAAGUUUUCAGGAUCCAAGAACUGAAGAGGCGAGAAGAACCCAGAUUCACACGAUCAUUCCUGAGCGAAAGCAAAGACUAAUAAGAGCUAAGAGAAGGUGUGUUCGUAUGGGGUGCGCUCCGUCGAAGAAGAAGACCAAUGCACUACGACCGCCAGGAUAUGAGGAUCCUGACCUCCUUGCCUCCGUUACGCCAUUUACGGUGGAAGAAGUGGAAGCCCUGUAUGAACUCUUCAAGAAGCUAAGCAGCUCGAUUAUCGACGACGGUCUUAUCCAUAAGGAAGAGUUUCAGCUGGCGUUAUUCAGAAAUAGGAACCGGAAGAACCUUUUUGCUGAUCGGAUAUUUGAUGUAUUUGAUGUGAAGCGAAAUGGAGUUAUCGAGUUUGGAGAAUUUGUCAGGUCUUUAGGCGUCUUCCAUCCAAGUGCACCUGUCCACGAGAAAAUAAAAUUUGCUUUCAAAUUGUAUGAUUUACGGCAAACUGGAUUCAUCGAGCGAGAAGAAUUAAAAGAGAUGGUAAUCGCGCUUCUUCACGAAUCUGAGCUUGUUCUUUCCGAAGAUCUGAUAGAAGUAAUGGUGGAUAAGGCGUUUAUUGAAGCAGAUCGCAAGAAGGACGGGAAAAUUGAUAUAGAUGAAUGGAAAGAUUUUGUGUCCAAGAAUCCAUCGCUCAUCAAGAACAUGACUUUACCGUAUCUAAAGGACAUACACGGAACGUUUCCAAGUUUCAUUUCAUCUUGUGAGGACGAAGAAAUGGAGUUGCAAAACCUAUACUUCUAAGUGAUCCAUGCAGAUUGCAGAGAAUAGAUAAAAUCCCCAAAUUCUUGCCUUUCUCCUUCUCUGCCUUUUGUUUCUAAGUACUCUUUCUUGUAUAGAAAUAGUGAAGAGAACGACAGAGAUGUAUGCUAGGAUUUUGAGAAAUGGCUGCAAUAAAUCAAUCUUUAUAAGUA